UUUUUAUUUAUUUUCUCCCUUUUUCAGUCUUUCAUAUCCAAAAGAGCCAUUAUCUUCCAGUAGAUUUGACCGUUAAAGCUCAUUCCUUAAUCGUCUUCUUCAAGUUUAAGCCCACCAACCGCGUAGGGUUUCUUUUAUUAGUAUCAUCAGAAGAGCCUUAUUCUCUCUCAGUUUCUCACUAAACCCUAACUAGGGCUUUUGCGUUUUUAACGGUCUCAUCUGGGUUUCUUCUGAUGAACCCGUUUAGGGUUUUUGUUGUUCCAAGACCAUGAAUUUGCUUACCCUUUAAGAACACUUGUUCAAAAAGCUGUUCUGUGUCUAGAAACUAAGAAUUAAAGAUGAUUGCAGAGAAGCCCAGUUGGGUUAGGCACGAGGGUAUGCAGAUUUUCUCCAUUGAUAUUCAACCUGGUGGGCUUAGGUUUGCAACUGGUGGAGGUGAUCACAAGGUUCGCAUUUGGAACAUGAAAUCUGUUGGGAGAGACUUGGAAACUGAUGAAUCAACACCAAAACUUCUUGCUACACUUCGUGAUCAUUUUGGGUCAGUCAAUUGUGUUAGGUGGGCUAAGCAUGGCCGAUAUGUUGCAUCAGGGUCUGAUGAUCAGGUGAUUCUGAUUCAUGAGAGAAAACCGGGUUCAGGAACCACUGAGUUUGGCAGCGGAGAGCCACCAGAUGUUGAGAAUUGGAAAGUUGCCAUGACUUUGAGAGGACAUACUGCAGAUGUGGUGGAUCUUAAUUGGUCUCCUGAUGACUCGAUAUUGGCCAGUGGGAGUUUAGACAACACAGUCCAUAUCUGGAAUAUGAGCAAUGGCAUCUGCACUGCUGUUCUUAGGGGUCACUCUAGUCUAGUUAAAGGAGUUACUUGGGAUCCUAUUGGUUCCUUCAUAGCAAGUCAAUCAGAUGAUAAGACUGUCAUUAUUUGGCGAACGAGUGACUGGAGCCUUGUUCACAGGACAGAUGGGCACUGGGCAAAAUCACUUGGUUCUACCUUCUUUAGGCGGCUUGGAUGGUCACCGUGCGGCCAUUUUAUAACUACCACCCAUGGUUUCCAGAAGCCGAGGCAUUCUGCACCUGUUCUAGAGAGAGGGGAAUGGUCUGCCACUUUUGAUUUCUUAGGACACAAUGCCCCUGUUAUCGUAGUGAAGUUCAAUCAUUCAAUGUUCAGAAGGAAUUCUUCCAAUGCUCAUGAAGGGAAAGCUGCACCUGUUGGGUGGAGUAAUGGUGCUUCUAAGACUGGAGGCAAAGAAUCUCAGCCGUAUAAUAUUAUUGCAAUUGGGAGUCAGGAUCGCACUAUAACUGUAUGGACGACUGCCAGUGCUCGUCCUCUCUUUGUGGCCAAGCAUUUCUUCACUCAAAGUGUUGUGGAUUUAUCCUGGAGUCCUGAUGGGUACUCAUUAUUUGCCUGUUCCUUGGAUGGGACAGUGGCUACUUUCCAUUUUGAGGUGAACGAACUUGGCCACAGGCUAACUGAUGCUGAAUUGGAUGAUUUAAAGAGAAAUCGUUAUGGUGAUGUCAGAGGCAGGCAGGCAAACUUAGCAGAAAGCCCUGCACAGUUGUUGCUUGAAGCAGCUUCGGCUAAGCAAGCCACAAGCAAAAAAAUAACUUCUGAUGUCCCACAAAGCCAGACACCCUUAAAAUCUUGUGUGGAUGUAGGGGUUGCAAUAAAGGCUUCUGAAUCUCAAGUUGAUGAUGGAAAGAAGAGUGGAGUAGCUAGUGGUGAGACAUUAAAUAAAGUGACAACUACCGUCCGGAUGUCUAGUCCUGUGAAGCAAAGAGAAUAUAGGCGCCCUGAUGGCAGAAAGAGGAUAAUUCCAGAAGCGGUUGGAGUGCCUGUUCAGAGGGACAUAUUGACUAGUGAUGCCCAGUAUCAAGCUCUUGACUUUCCUCUUAAGUCGUCUGAUCACGGAAAAAAUGAUAAUGGGGUGGUACUCGCUGAUGGUGGCAUUAGGGAAUGUUCUAUCAGGAGAACAAUAGGUGGAAGUUCUGAUUUAAAGGAGCGUUCCGGGGUCACUGCUAGGGCUACUAUCAGUGAAAGCCUAGUCAUUGAGAAGGUUCCGGUCUCUGCAGGUAGAGACGGAAGCAUCAGUGUUGAACUGCCAGGAAUUGUGAAGGCUUCUGGUUCUUCGACCACAUGUAAUAUUCUUUCAAUUAGGGUAUUUGAUAAAAAAGAAGGAGAAGAUGCCAUACCAAUUUGCUUGGAAGCUCGUCCUAGAGAACAUGCUGUAAAUGACAUUGUCGGGGUGGGAAAUACAUACAUGAUGAAAGAAACAGAAAUUGCUUGCACAAGAGGAGCUCAAACUUUGUGGUCUGACAGGAUCUCCGGGAAAGUCACUGUUUUGGCUGGCAAUGCCAACUUCUGGGCUGUCGGGUGUGAAGAUGGAUGCCUACAGGUAUACACAAAGUGUGGUAGACGUGCCAUGCCGACCAUGAUGAUGGGGUCUGCAGCAGUUUUUAUAGAUUGUGAUGAGUCUUGGAAACUGUUGCUUGUCACAAGGAAGGGAUC